ACGUCUUCUCGCCGCUGUGGAGCUCUCUGUUAGCGGCAGCUGCUCUCAUGUCUGCCCGGAUAAAGCUGCCUGUUUCGGGCAUAAACUCUUGUCUCUGACCGACUCUCUGUGUGUCCCCGGUGCUUCUGGAGGAAUGCUCCGGCUCUGGUUCUUCUCGGUGGGGCUGUGGCUGCUCGCCCCCCGCUGUGGGAGCUCCUCUGCCCGGCUGUACACGGAGGAGGACCCGCUGGUGAUCCUGAGCGGCGGCAGCUUCAGUCCGUCCGUCACUAACUCCUCCUCGGCCUGGUUCAUCCAGUUCUACUCCUCCUGGUGCGGACACUGCAUCCAGUACUCCGAGACCUGGAAGAAUCUGGCCCGGGACGUGCAAGACUGGCAGCAGGCGGUCAGAGUGGGAGUUUUAGAUUGCGCUCAGGAGGAAAACUUUGAAGUCUGUAAAGAAUUCAACAUCAAGUUCUACCCGACGUUUAAAUAUUUCCGUGCUCACAGCCCAGAGACGGAGCGAGGGACGCCGUACAGAGGUGCAGACAGAGAGAUCCAGUCAGUGAGACAGGUGAUGGUGAACAUCCUGCAGAACCACACCCAGCAGGACUGGCCCGACCGCUGCCCUCCUCUGAGGCCCUACAGUUCUGUGGAGCUGCUCCCUCUGCUGGGUCAGAGGUCAGAUCAGUACACGGCUAUUAUCGUGGAGGAACCGGACUCUUAUGUGGGACGAGAGGUGAUCCUGGACCUGCUUCAGUUCUCAGGUGUUCAGGUGAAGAGAGCUCUGUCCUCAGAUCUCCCCCUGCUGGACGCUCUGAAGAUUACAGCCUUCCCCUCUGUUUACCUGCUGCACCCGAACACAUCACACACACACCUGCAGGUUCAGAAGCGUCUACGUUUCUUCUUCUCCUCCGUGUUGAGGGCGUUACCAGGAGUGCAGCGCAGGGUGAGCAGUACUGCAGGAGACCAGGGGGGGGUGCUGCAGGAGAGAGAGAGCAGGGAGUGGAGAGACUUCAGCAGUUCUCAGGUGUACGCUGCUGAUCUGGAGUCUGCUCUUCAUUACCUGCUGAGGGUGGAGCUGGCGACCCACAGCUCCCUGCAGGGGGAGGAGCUACAGGUGUUUAAGGACCUGGUCACUUUGGUCUCAAAGCUGUAUCCAGGCGGAGGUUCUGUGGUGAAGCUGAUGGAGACUCUCUCUGAUUGGCUAGUCAGUCUGCCGCUUCCUCGAAUUCCCUAUCGGGCCGUUUUGGACCUGGUGGACAACAAGAUGAGGAUCUCAGGUGUGUUUUUGGGGGCGGAGCUUCGCUGGGUUGGUUGCCAGGGCAGCAAGGCGGGGCUUCGGGGUUACCCAUGCGCCCUCUGGACCCUGUUCCACGUGCUGACCGUUCAGCAUGAGGCCACGCCCACUGCGCUGGACAACACAGGUCUGCAGGGCGAGGCUGCGGUGCUGCAGGUGAUGCGGCGCUACAUCACCACGUUCUUCGGCUGCGAGGCGUGCGGACGCCACUUUGAGCAGGCGGCGGCAGAGAGUCUGCAGACGGUGAAGAGCAGCGAGCAGCAGGUGCUCUGGCUCUGGGAGCAGCACAACAGGGUCAACAGCAGAGUGGCUGGCUCUCUGAGUGACGACCCCCUCUUCCCCAAAGCUCCCUGGCCGAGCGCCUCCCUCUGCGCCUCCUGCCACGAGGAGAAACUCGGCGUCCAUCAGUGGAACCAGAACAACGUGCUCCUCUUCCUCAGGACACACUACGGGGCCUCCAACAUCUCCCCCAAGUACUCCCUCAAGGAGGAGGGGGGGGGGGAAGAAGGAGGGGGGGGAGGGGAAGAAGGAGGGGAAGCAGGGGGGGGAGGGGAAGGAGGAGGAGAAGGGGGAGGAGGAGGUGGAGAAGGAGAAGGAGAGGAGGAGAAGAAGGAGGGGAAGGAGGAGGAGAAGGAGGGGAAGAAGGUGGAGAAGGAGGAGAAGGUGGAGAAGGAGGAGCAUAUUUCUCAGUGGGGGGGGAGUGGGGGGGGCUCAGUUUGGAUCCUGGGGUUCAACAGCGUGGACAUGAGUCUCUGCGUGGGGCUCUACGUCUGCUCCUGCCUCUUCCUCAUGAUGCUCUUCUUCUUCUUCAGAGUGAGAUCCCGCCGCUGGAAACGACACCUGCUGGUGUGAGGAGGAGGAGGGGGGAGGAAGAGGAGGAGGGGGGAGGAGGAGGGGGGAAGAAGCAUUCACAUCGGACGCAAAGAAAAGACUCGCAUCGCACACCUGGACCUGUUAGACCACGAGUCGACAUCAUUGGUCGUUACUCGUGUCACUCAAAAUGAGAUGUGCUGCAGAGGAGGCGGGGCUUGUCUCUGUGUAGAUACAAACAACAGCAUAUUUGACGGUGAUCAGAAAGAUGCUGAGUGACCGAUCAGUGCCGAGUCUGUCCACCAGAUGGCAGAUGAGCUCUCCUGAACAUUCACACUCUUUACUCUCUAAAUAUUUACACACAUUUUACUGAUGUUUUUAUCCCUCAAGUUAUUCAGACUGCCCUAAAACAUUACAUGUGUUUUAUAAAGUGUGUGUGUGUCUGAGACUGUGUGUGUGUGUGUCUGAGACUGUGUGUGUGUGUGUGUGUGUCUGAGACUGUGUGUGUGUGUGUGUGUGUGUGUGUGUGUGUGUGUCUGAGACUGUGUGUGGCUUGUAUGUGGGAGACCGUGUGUGUGUUUGAGACUGUGAGACUGUUUGUCUGUGAGUGUGUGUCGCUUGUAUGUGGGAAUGUGUGUGUGUGUGUUGCUGAAUAACUGAACGUUUACAUUUGCACAUAUAUUUAUAGUGGUGAGUAAAGCACAGAUGAGUUCACGCUAACCCUCUUCAUCACAGAGACACACUUUGAUUAUAGCUUUAACCAAAGCCACAGUCACCACGAAAGGGAAGUUAAAUAAAACAAUUACAUUCUUAAUAAAUGCAAACGCUGAAAAGCCUGCAUGAAACCAUAGAGAUGUUUAAUUAAGUUUACAGUUAUUAGAUUUUCCUUUUUUUAUAAUUGACUUUUUCAGAAGAAGCAUUUCUUAUUAAAACGUUAGAUAUUAUUUGAGUUCUCAACAUAUGGAUAGUGGUUGAUAUGUUGGGCCUGCCUCUGUUUGUAAUCCAUCUCAUUGUGUCCCCUCUGAAUGAGCGAGUCCCCUCUGGUGUCAGCAUUAGAGACUGAUGGUGAAAUGAUGUCCAUGUGAUGCUCUGCUGACGCCUGAACGCACCGUCCUCUGGCUGCUCGGAUCCUUCAGAUGAGAUGUAAAUAAAUCAUUUUCAGCUAAA